UAUACCUUCCUUAAUUUUGUAUCUCUAUACUCGUCCGUACAUCACUUGAUGGCUGCAGUGCAGUGGCAGUCCUUGUUCAAAAUUCGUUCCUCUCUUACCAAAGUGAAUACUUCAAUACUCAGACUCUGACUGCAGGAAAGAGAAACUACGAGCAACUAGGUGUUGAAGAUAUUAUAUCUAUUUUGUGUUGGGGUGGUGGUGGUGGAAAAGGGUUGUAGAGUAGAUAGUUGUCUUGUGAAUGUGAACACGCUCCAGGCUUAGGAAGCAGUCGUGUGCUUCUUUAGUUCCCGGUUGAGUCCUUUACAUCCAAAGUCGUGUAACCUCUAUCUGCUCGUGCUUCCUAUUUAUUUGAUUUUUGUCUUCUUUUUCAAAAAUUUUGCAGCAGAAUGCCGAACAAGUAGUAUUUUUCUUCAACAACACAAAAAAGAGUACCGCUUUGACAUGGACUGAAGACUGCAAGUGCAGAUACAAAAUUUAACUAUACAAAAGAAUACACUCUUUAACAUUGAUGCUCUGCUCUGUUGUGCUGUAUGCUGUAGCUAUACUGACGCUGCCGCUGCCGCUGCCACUGCUACAGCCACUGCCACUGCCGCACGCUGCUGUGGCCAUAUCGUACGUAAAAGUAUCCGUGUCGUGUUCUUGUAUACCUACAACGAACCUACCUCAGCGCGACUAUCUCUCUCAACAAUUUCACUUCCAUUCCAACAGUGCUAAAUGAAUUUUCAACCUGUCUGGUUGUAUCCGGCAAAUAAAUCGUUUGCAUCCGCGGCGGGCGGUUUUUUGGUUUCCAUUGAAGAGAAAAAAAUUUAGUGUUGAUGUAGAUAGUUUUUUUUUUAAAUAUAUUUUUAUAUAUAUAUAGCUUUAUAUUUGUUGCUCCUGAUGGUACAUUAGUUUUUCCUUAAAAGUUUAUGAGUCCACAUCCGGAUGCUGGCUUGUGGGUAGCUAUAGUGACAGUGAGAUAUAGAAAAGCGUAAAUGGAAAUUAAAAUUCCAUUUAAAAUGGCCUCACAGGCCUCAUUUAAUAUUCUAGGCUUCGAGAUUCGUCCUUUUGUAUAAUAAAUUUUAUCAUUGUGCUAUAUUUGUUAACAACAACAAAAAAAUGUAAAAUUUGGGAUUCUGCAAAAUAAUUAACCUAUUUUCAAUUUUUUAACAAAGCUUAUGAAAAAAAUUAAUCUAAGAAUUGAAUAUUCCUUUGAAAAAAAUAAUAUAUUAAAUAAGAUAUACAAGACAAUAAAAUGAAUACUUAAGCAGGUUACAAGCUUAACCUAAAUGUGAAUUUUGAUUGUAUCUUGUAUCUUCAGGUAUCCCUGUUUUUCUUUGACCUGAUGCUAUUAUUUAUUAAACAUUCACAAGGAAGAGAAAAUUCAUCUAAAUAAAAUAAAUCAACAACAAUAAAUAAAAAAAGUAGAAAACUAAGAGGAGACUGCGAAAAAAUGGAGCUAACUACCUGUGCCGAAGUGCUCAUGUGCACACAUCUACGAGUAGAGUGUACCCCAAAAAUAACUUAAGUUCCUUCAUCUUGACGUGUGUGUUGUGUGUUGUGUCCCUUUUUGCGGGUCUCAUCCUUAUUUUUUGUACAACGAGUCUAUACGUCCGGUCGCCCCUCUUGCUGUAUCCUUUCCACAUCCUCCAUAGCAAUUGUUUUUUCAUCGUGUCGCUUGUACAUCUCCAACAAAGAGCAACAGUGCUUCUUUAGGAAAAGCAAUAACAAGCUGGCUAGUAAGGCGAAGCCAAACUCCUAAAAACCAUCUGUGAAAUACUGCUUUUCUCGCAGGAUGUUUUCUUGUUUAAAUAAUUGUGCGUGUAUUUGUGAGUGUGUGUUUUAAUGGAUGUGUGUGUAUGUGCUUUAAAUAAAAUAACAUAAACACACAAAGGGAGAAAUAAUAAAAGAGCAAAAGAAAACGAAAACGAAAAAAAAACAUGCGACACAAAAUGAAUAUCGCAUACAAAUUGGGAAUGAUAAUAUCCUUAAUAUAAUGUUUUCGUCGGUCGUCCCGAGCGAGGAUAUAAUAAUGUAAAUGUGUAGCUUAGAUAUUUGUUUUAAUAAAAUUCACUACUGUGCUGCGUACGAGAGUGUAUAAUCAUCUGUUUGAGUGUGUUUGUGAAGUGAUUUUUUCCUCAGUGAAAAUUCACGCUAAAAAUGAGAUAUAAAAAUUGAUAGUUUCCUUUGAAUUUGAAUAAAAAUAUCUCUUUUUCCAAAAUCCAAAAAAUAAAUUAAAUAAAAAUUAAAAUUGCUUACAUCUUAAACAAAAAUUUUAAAAUAAAUACAUACUUAAAAAAUAUAAGAAUUGGUAGAGAAUUUAGAAAAAAAUAUAAAAUGAAAUUGUUUUGCUCAAUUCAAACUCAUUGAGUAGCUUUUGGAUAUUCACUGGAUUCUUCAUAAAUAUAAGGAUUAAUGAAUUGGAAUCGAUUGUUAUUUGGCUGCUUGAAUUAAAUUGGUGUUAUAUAGCUCGUUGAACUUAAGCACAACAUAAACGGAUAUCUACGAGAAUUUAGUGUUUGCAGUGAGUUUUCGGGAAUACUGUGUCAAGAGUGCUGACAGCAUUGUCGAAACAAAGCAAGAACAUUCCCAACCAUCUACAAUAAAUGCAACUCCUCAUAGCAGUAAUCCCUCCUGCCACAGCAGCAAAAGCAGCAGCAGUAGAAACAUCAGAAGUGGAGGCAGCAUCAAGUCACUCCAAACGAUUGCCAUCUCAAUGCGAAUAAUGUUGACACGAAAAAAACCAACAAAAAGAAAUUGGAAGCCAGCAAGGAUGGCAACGUUAUAGUAUUAAAUUCAUGAGCGUGUAUAGACAAAAGCUUAGGUACACAUCCUGGCAAAGAAAGUAAGCUAUGCAGAGGAGCGACAACAUACUACAAUGCAUGUGGCAAUGAUGAAAUCCGAUAAAGCGGUAUGCACAAACGACACCAUGGAAGAGGACCUGGGCAAAGCCCUAACGUACGAGGCAAUCUUCACCACGCUCAUCGAGAACAAAGUGUUGGCAAUGAAACGUGACUGUGAGGAACGAAAGCGUGCCAAACGACAAAAGCGCAAGUCGUUCGGGCGGAUCCUUUUUAGCAAGAAGUUAUUCGGAAGCAGUGCAUCAGGUGGAACUGGUGGAGGGAGUGGUAGUGGAAGUGGUGGCCGGAAAUCCCCAUCAGCUGAAGAGCUCGACGUAGAGAAAGGUUCUUCUUUAGCAGAUGAUUUUGAAAUCAAUGUGACUUCGAAACUUUCCGACUGUCACAUUCACGAUGAAACAACACAUUCAAAAGUGAGCAGCAAAAGACAUCAUCAUCCGGAAGCCGAUGCCUCGAUGAGGCGGGGGAAGAACGCUACCAUCAAAGUGCUACCGCAAAUUCCCCCAGGCGAUGACAGCCUAUCAAGCAAUGCCUACAAUGACAGUUUGAGUCUUUCGGAGAAGAAUGGAGUAAGGAAUCUUGUCGUGGAGGUCCUCACCCACCACCAUGACGCACGACUCGCCUACGACGAUGACGCAGCAUCGAUAGCGGACCAAGUAGCACCAAUCUCACUCAACGACACCACAACGGUGGACCAAAGCAUAGAUGCCAUUUCGAUAUGUAGCAAUAGCAUUGCGGUCGAUGAACACAACACUUCCACAAUGGCUGACGAUAGCCUCACUUCUAUUCGGGACAGCAUUGAGAGUCUAUCGUUCCCGAGUUCACGCUGCACGGUAAGCGUGAGCGGAUUCGGGGCGACCGGCGGUGGAGGUGGUGUGUGUCCUGAGAUAACAGUGAAUCCUAGUUGUUUAGACAGCGCUUCCUUGAUCUUCGACAAGAGACGCGCGAAGAGGCUGCGAAUUUUAGAAGCCAAGUCAAUUAGUGCCCAAUGCAGUCCGGUUCUGCCGCGGCACAUCAAGCCAACCAUAUCGAACAGAGUGUCCAAGUUCUCCGCUGCCCACACUCAAACCACCCAGAAUAGGGGCGUCACACAUCAAGUAUCAUUUUCGAACGACACAGAAACGGGACGAACAGAGCACGAAAAACUGCUAAUUUCCCGCCAGAACACGUCGGAGGACAGUGCCAAUCUGACGGUAAGCACACUCCUCAACGAGGCCGAAGAAGCCCUCAUUGCCAACUCAUCAAAGGACCACUCGGGCAGAAGAUCAAAAAGCACCAGUCUCUUAGUUAUAUCGAGCAAAGAUAAUUUAAAUAAGCAAUCACUUAGUAGCCGUUUAGAUAGUAACAAUCGUAAUACAGUUAAUCAAAUAUUAGCACCAGGCCGAGAGUCCUUUGUAGCAUAUACGACAACGUCGAAUUAUUUUCCUGUGAUUACAACGACAACAAUUGCAACUGCAAAUGGAACUGCGACCACUGCAGCAGCCGCAUCCGCAGCCGCAGCAGCAGAAACGACUUCGUCUAUUCAUUAUGCCACAGCACCAAUACCAACCCUCACAACACCAACAACAACAAGCAGCGCUAUUGAAUUGGUAUCAAAAAAUGGCAAUGCAGUUAUGUCGGGCGAUGCAAUCAAUAGCAAGGGUGGUGGAAAUGUGGUUUAUGUGAAAGCGGAAGCGAAAGACUUUGUUCCGGCACCAUCGUCGUCGUCGGCCAUUGUACCGAGUGCAAUGCUACCGAGCGACACAGCAAAGUUGCAUCGAAUGACCUCGACAUCGACUGGGUCCAGUGUUGCACCGACCGGUUGCUGUGCAACCAAAUCCCGUGACAAGGAGAAACGUUAUAAACCGAGCUGGCCAUCGGGACAGAGCGGAAGCGAUGAUGAGUACCGGAAGCGCAAGAGAAAAUAUAAACGCCACCACAGAUGCUCAGAUCCGGUAUUGGUUUAUCCCUCCCCGAGUGGCUUACAGCAUUGCAUCCUAAGUAUGCCUCCAAAUCAGCCCAUUCAAUUCCAUUACAAUGAGGAUUUUGUUUACGACAUGACGCUCCAAGUGGAAUCGGACAAGAACGACGACCUUCAGGAGAUAGUUCCAAGCAGUCGCAAUCGCAAACAUCGACAUCAUAAACACAAAAAGCGACAUCGUCAUAAAAAACCAAAAAUCCUUGUUCACGAUUUAGACACACAAACGGUUAAGGUAAUUGAUCCCGAUGAUCUUCCGCAAAGAGCUCGAUGGACUAUCAUAGCCACAGCAUUCCUCCUACUUAUAAUGUGCCUCAUGCUAGUUGGUAUCACACUACGAAUGGCACCUAUCAUCGAUGACAUGGUUCGCCAGGAAAAUGAAAGGCUUAUGCAAGAAUCCAUAAAUCGUGCUAGAUUGGCGAAAAACUUUACCGAUGCUGCAUCCCUUAGUGCUGCGGCCGAACAAAUUCCAUAACAAAGUUUUCAAAGGAUCUUCAGCGAUGUGAUUAGUGAAACAUUAGCAUUUGUAACUACAUACAUAGAAACAGGAUCAAAUGUACGUAGAUUCUUGCAAUUUUUGCACGCAAAUUUAUUUCAUUUCGUUUGAAAUUAUUCUGCAGCAUCAAUGGCAGUAGAGUAUAUACUUAAGUCUAUAAAUAAUAACCUAGAAGCCUACAGAAUGUCGACCAGCAAAUAGUAAAUUCCACAUUCCAUCACCUCUGUCUACAUACAAACAUAUGUAUUUAUAAAUGUACUCAAAUGUGGGUUUGUGAUGUUGAAUCAAAAAAAUGCAGAGUGUCAUUGCCUAUGUCCUUCCGGUUUCACUACGAUGUUGAGGUUGAGGAUGAGAACAACGACGACAACGAUGCUGUGAAACGACACCACCAUCACACCACAUCACUAGAAAUGUGAAGAAUAGCUUCAUCAACCAUGAGUACAAUUAUUAUAGUUUGCUCCCUAUAAUCCGUGUCAUCGCUGGAACUGAAAAUAUUAUUCAAAAUGCUUGGCACUGAAGCUGAAGCUGAGGCUGAGACUGACGACAGCGUGCACAAGGUUGAUACAGUACCAAUCUACGGAUCCAAUGAUCCACGGAUCAUCGUGGCUGAACUUCAUUGGCAUGCUAAUGAAAUAAUAUCCCGGCAUCGGCAUAAGCCUCGUCGUCGUCGUCAUCAUCAUCGCCGUUCACAUGUAUCCUCGCACUCAGUCACACUUCCAGGCGAAUGAACUUUUCUUAUACGAGUAUGUACAUUUUUAUAUCCUGCCUCACCUCACUACAUCCACUGCUGACAAUUUUUGAUACGAUGUGUGUCCUUAUUCAAACUGGUAGUGAAUGGAUAUAUCAUUGCUGCGACCACCAUCACGAUGAUGGUAUCUACCUAGAUAAAUAAAGCUGCAUCCUACCUUUACGAAGGACAUCCGAUGUCACUGUCUAUCAUUCUUUUUCAAAUUUCAUCAUCAUCCCAGUAUCGUGUGACAGGAAUGUUAAAGAAGCAGAAACUCGUGCACACAACAUGUCCUUAAAUCAUCCUCUGGGAGAUCCUGCUUCCAGCUGCCUGCCCUGCCCUCUACCUUUGCUUAAUGCCCCUACUCGAAAAAAGGAUUUAUAUGAUACCUCCUGCUACUUCGACGACAGCAAGGUUGUGUGUGUAUGUUUAUCGAAUUACCGUAAUUGCAGUUGACAUUCAAUAAAUUAGUUCCGGCGUUCGUCGUCAUCGUCGCUUCGACGUCGUCCAUGUCGUUAUUGUCGACAAACGGCUCGACAAACGACGUUGUGGCGCCGGCAAAAGCGUUCAGCGGCGCAACGUGACGUAGUGAAGUAAAUUUUGAAAACAUUAAUUGAGUAUAAAUUUAUAAGAGGGAGUUUCUAUGACAAUUUGUAUUUUUAAAGGAUUUUUUCCAGCAAUGAGAUUAACACAAGCAAAAUAAGAAGAAAAACAAAAGUAAAACUCUUAAAACAAAAUGGUUAAAUGUUCCGUUUAAAUCCAUUUAAACUUUAAAGUAUGUGAUUCAUCUUUAAUUAAACAAAAAAAAAAGAAGUCAAUAAUAAAAAAAAUUGUUAAAAGCAUUAAAAUAAGAAUAAAUGUUUACAGAAAUAUAAGAAAAGAAAUUUUAAAAUAAAAAUGCUUUAGUCAUGUGUAUUACAGGUAUUUUACAUGAAAUUAAAUAAAUAAAUUUAAACAAAAAAACACAACAACAAUGAGAAAACAAAACAAAAACCUAUUAAUGAGUUUGUGUGUAAGUUACAGAGUAAAAUGUCGUUAGAUUUGUUUUAAGAAUGCAAUAAAUGCCUUUAAGUAUUAAAAAAAAAAUAAUUAAUAUGAGAAAUUACAACCAAAAAAUAAUAAAAUAGAAACAAAAAUUAUUGUAAUGGUGUUUUAUAAGAAGUUGUUGAAAAAAAAUGUCAAUUUGUAAAAAAAAAAACAAAUUGACAAAAAGAAAACUUGGUUAAGAUUGAAAAAUAAUAAUUGCAAAUGUCUGACUUUGUUUAUACUGAAAUUAAAUAUAAUUAUUAUAUUAGAUAUUAGGAACAAAGUAUAAUUAUGUGUGUAUGUUUAACUCUACUUUAAUUCGUUAUACUUAUUUAUUGUUUCACUAAGCAUAACAAAAAAAUCAUUUAUAAUAAGUUUCAUUUAUUUUCCAGUUAACUUAAAAAUUAUUAUUAGAUUUAAAUUAAAAUUUUAGGAGUUUGAACAGGUCUAAUAUUAACUGUCAACACUGAUGACAGCCAACCAACAACGCCUUAAUAGAAAAUAAAAAUAUGGCGUAAAAUCUAUUCAGGCGAAACAAUAGAUCUCUGAACAGAGCCCGAGCAUUAUGAGAGUUCUGGGCUCAGUUCUUUCUAAUUUAUCUGCAACACAGCUGAACAUUCAACUCACACUUUUUCACAUGUAAAAUGCUCGUGUUUGUAGUUUAAAUCCCCAAUCUAAAAAAAAGUUUGUAGCUCUGAAAAAAAGGAACACAAAAGUGUCAUUGGCUGCGUUCAAUCUCGUGUGGAAUAAGCUAUCUUGCAUAGGUGGACUUUUAGAUACCUUGUUGAACGAGUUGGAUAAAUGUAUUGAGAUAGCUGUCAAAAAAUAAAAACAACUUUCAGCUGUUCAGAAAAAGCAGAGAAACAAUUGAGCUUAGAAGUCAAAAUGUUUAAUGGAUAAUUCAACUGAUUCGUCCGGACGAUGAUAAAUUAAUAGGUGCGUAACAAUUUAAUAAAUAAUCUAUGUUAUAUUUCCUCUUAGCUCAAUGAUAUGAAGUGACAAUACCUAGAUAUAGUUCGGAAGAAUUUCGAUUUCAUUUCCGAAUGAGCAGAAGCUGCUUUGCGGUAAGAUUUUCAGUUGGUUUGUUCACAAUAGACAAAGAGUUAGCUUAAUGGUGGGACCAACGCAAGAACUUUUGUUGCAUAACAUAUUCGUUUGGUUAUCCAAUGCUUCUUAAAAAACCAUUUAAGGGGCACCACCAACUAGAAUAGCCAAUAAAGUGUGAACAAACUAGUCUUGACAUCUAUAAUGAAUAGUUUAUUAAGGAUUUCAAAUUAUUAGGAUUUUUCGCACAUAGUGCAGCAAAAUAAAAGAACUUUUAACUUGGAGAAAAGAACUGUUAUUUUUUGUUUGGAUCUUGAGUAAGCAAGAAAGUUUCUUAUCAACUUCAGAAUGAUGGACAAUAUCUAUCUAGCAAAUUGGUCAUCUACAAAACGAAAACAAAAUAAGUCAAUUUUGAAGUUUAAAAAAACAGAUCAUAAUUACCUUCUAAAAAUCGGAAGCAAAUAGCUUCUUCAUCGUCUAUUAUGUACAGAGCAUCCUCAAAUCCAACUUCAUCCAAGAUUUUGCAUCUGUUUGUUUACCAGGUUAGGUUAAGUUUUAGUGGCUGUCCAAGAUGGAAACGGACACACUUAGAAUAGUUUAAUGGCCCAUUGUGAUACCACAUGAAUCUUGAGGCUUCCUCAUAAGCUCAAUGGAACCAGUUUGAGUCCCUUACGAAACGUGAGAGGCUGAUUAUACCGAUAUGAUUUAGAUCGUUUAGAUCGUUAAAGAAGAAUUCUCCUAGGUAAUUCUUGCGUUUUCGAGCUAGAGCAGGGCAUGUGCAGAGAAGAUGAAGAACCGUUUCUUCCUCUUCCUCGUCCAUACAGCUUCUGU